UCAUCUUGAACUCUAGCUAGGGACAUCAAAAUGGCCGGCAGUAAACUUGUAGCUCUAGGCUUCCUUGUCUUUCUGGGCAUUGGAUUAGCCAAUGCUGCAAGGGUUGCUAGGUACUCUAGCUCCGAAGGAUCGGGGAUGGGAGGGGGAGAGGGCGGUGGAUCUGUGAAUGGUGCCGGCUCAGGGUCUGGGAGUGGUGUUGGGUCUAGUGAUAGUGGUAAGUAUGGGGGAUCUGCUCAUGGAAGUGGUGGAGGUGGGGGUGGAGGCAGCGGCGGUGGACAAUAUGGUGGAUCCGGACAUGGUGCUGGAUCCGGCUUGGGCUCUGGCACCAGCAAGGCUGGUCCAGACCCGUUUGGCGGAUCUUCAAGCGCUAGCGGUAAUGGUGGCGGCUACGGGGGUGGAAAUGCUGGAGGCUACUAUGGAUCCAGUGGUUAUGGAAUUGGUGGUGGCAGUGGCCAUGGAUUUGGUGAGUCUAAUCACGGUGACUUCAAUGGUGGCACUUACGCAGAUGCAAAUGCUUCUGGCAGUGGUGGAGGCCAAGGCCAUAGUCAAAAUGGCGGGAGCGGUGGUGGUGGAGGUGAUGGUUCUGCGGCGGGAAGUGGUCAACCUUAGUCCUCUCUUCUAUUGAUUUCUGAUUGAUCAAUGCCUAGCUGGAGCCUCCUAUAGUACAGUUAUAGCCUCGAUGUCGCAGUGGCAGUUUUCCUCUUUAUUUCCCUUCGUGCAUCACCUCGCCGUUGCAAACUAAUAAAUGGAUCAAAGCUCCAUUAUUAUGGUAAAUGUAGUUGUGUUCGUAGCAUGCAACUUGAUGGUAGUUUACGGAGGCCGUAUAUGCAGUUGCACGGGUCGUGAGUACGUGGAAUAUGUUGGGUUGGUCAAUGUAUCUGAAUGCUGUUUGAAUAUGCGCGCUCGUAUCACCAGCUUAGUGAAAAAGUAGUGAAUUAAAUCCCAUCAUCUGGGUCUCUUCCAAUCACCCACUACCUGUAGAAUUCAGGAUACCCUUGACGGUGUCACUCAUGGAUCUCUUGAUUCUUGCAGUGGCCGCAUGAACAUUAAGAUGUAACCCAUGGGGAAUUUGGAACAAAACUCUUGUUUGACAACCGUACGCAAAGCAAAAGUAUAAGACUUCC